GAGAAGAUCGUCAAGAAGAAGAAAAUUAAGAUCGGACACAAACAAUAAAAAAAUUAAACAAUUUGCCGUAACUUAACUGUUUUUCUCGGUUUAAGGGAGUCUAGCUGAAGAGAGGCAAGAAGAAAAGAGAUGGCUUUUCUUUGCCCCGUGCGCAUGCGGCGCGACAAAAAGAAAGCCACAAAUGCCAGCAUUGAAAGGGAUUUGCCAGUUGUGGGAGGACUAGGCAUGGGCCGUAUAACAGGUUCCUCCAGCAUUGAAACUCUGGUGCGAGUGGGCAUCGAAAAGGAACACGGUCUAAGUCCCGAUUCCAAAAUGGUUGUGCUGCAUGACUUCACUCCCUGCGUUGAUGAUGAACUGGAGGUGAAGCGGGGCCAACUGGUCAACAUCCUGUACAGGGAAAACGACUGGGUCUAUGUGAUUGGCCAGGACUCGCGGCAGGAGGGCUUCAUACCCUUCUCCUAUUGUGCUCCCUGCAACACCCAGUUGGCGGAUUUGGCUGUCAAAAAGAAACUGCCAAGGGAUCAGUGUCCCGAGCAGCCGAUCGACGAGAAUCUGCCACUCCUGGGCGCGGAAAACAAACUGGAUGUUCUCUGCGAUGAAACUUUAAAUCCAGGUUCAGCCAAGAGCAUGGAGAACAUUCUGCUGGUGGAACCAGAGUGCACUCCCUUCGUCAAAGAACCCUCCGGACGUUGCAUCGUUUUGUACACCUUUAUAGCCCGUGAUGAGAAUGAUUUGUCCGUGGAACGGGGCGAAUUUGUGACCGUGCUGAAUCGCGAGGAUCCGGAUUGGUUUUGGAUCAUGCGCAGCGAUGGCCAGGAGGGAUUCGUGCCGGCCAGCUUUAUUUAUCCGGCAGACAGCGUGCGAGUUUUGCAGCAGCAGAAAGCCACUCUGAAUGCCAUGGAGACCAUUCUGCAGCAGGGCCAGCCAGGUCAGCAGACCCAACAGCAACAGCAGCAGCAACUGGGAUUGGGAACGGAUGAUCUGCGCUACCAUGGCACGGAGCUGGUGAUGCUGUACGAUUACAAAGCGCAGGCUCCAGAUGAUCUAUACCUUUCCGUUCGGCGAGGAGACUGGAUUUACGCCGAUCUGAGCAAUCAGACUGUUGACGGCUGGCUUUGGGCUUAUGCUCCCAAAACCCGCAAAUACGGAUUUAUUCCUAAAGCCUACGCCAGACCGCCUGCCAUGACAAGUCUCUGAAAUUUUGAUUCCUUUACAUUAUCAUUAUAGUUUUUACUUUACACUUACUCAUAUUGUUUUUAAGUCAUCUAUCCAUACAAUAUCAUCACAUAUGACAUUGAUUGGA